UCUUGGUGUGUUGAUGGAGAAAAACAGAGCACUCUCCAUCUCACAGUUCCAGUCUUGAGAGGCCAGUUUUCCGUGAUCACCCUGCCUACCUGGACUGGAGAAUGUGUGUGACAGUUUGUGGCUGGGAAGGGAUGCCGAAGAUGGAACCAGUUUUUCUGCUUUGGGGAGGGUAUGCUUUCACUGAGUGAGGCACAGGGUAGGCACUCCUACAGGAGUACGGAACACCAUGGACUGCUAACACUCAACUUUCUCACAUCGGUGGUAAAACUCCUAGGGGCUGAGUAACUACAAACUGCAUGGUCAAAACAACCCAAUGGAGCCUAAGGUUUAGACAGAAGAGCUUUUCAUAAAGGAUCAUGGCAGGUGUCCGCAGCGGGAGGAGGCCCUCUGGGGGGCUGAUGCUGGAGGAAUCAGAUAAAGGACGAUUGGUCGUCUCCAGUGCUGUCGAUGGCUCCUUGGCCAAUCAGGGGCUCAAGGAAGGAGAUGAAAUUGUGGGUGCCACAAUCAACUUUGACCAACUUUCAAAAGACGACGUGUUGAAAAUACUGAAGCUGAUGGAUGAUAAUGGAUUUGAUGAGAAGGUUCAAGUUCUGACAAAAAAUAAUUUGUGCAAGAGUAUGGCGACCUUGGACAGCAUCAAAGCACCAGAGGAGAUGCUGAAGGAUUCCUAUAACAGACUCAAUGCCAAAAUAGUUCAUGAAAAGUUAAUGAAAGAGGACAGCUCUGGACAACCUACAGCUUCUGGGGAAAGAGGCUCUCCUAAUGGACAGGUGAAAGGCAAGGAACCGAGACCUCUCUGGGCCAAGCCUAAUGUCAGAGGAACAGACUCUACAGUGACUCUCGAUGCUCCUGGUGGAGAACUUUCAUUGCCUAAUGCCAACAUGAGUACAUCAGAUCUCUCUCUAGCUCAUUUGAAUGGGUCUUUAGGGGCUGAUCUUGAUGUCAAUAUCUCAGAUUUACCUUCAGUAGACCUUAAAGGUUCCAAAAUAGAUCUAGAAUUGGCAGAUUCAGACAUUGGUAUCUCAUCUGGGAAGAUAAAAACACCAAGUCUUGGAAUGGCUGACUUUGCUAUAUCUGGACCAAGAGUUAGGAAUCCAGACCUGGACCUUUCAGCGGUUGAGAUGUGUCUAUCAGACGUCAGUUUGCCUGACCUCAGUACUCCAGAUAUUGAUAUACCCUCAGGUAAAUUCAAACUAAAGAAACCACAUGCAGAACUCAAAGCUCCUGAUUACGAUGUGGAUGCCCCCUCUGGUAAACUGAAGAUGCCCAAAUUUUACGUUACUGGCCUAAAAAGAACAGAUCUGGGAAUUGAUGAUGAUGUAAAAACACCAAAACUAAUUCUCAAAGCUCCCAAGAUAAAAGGCGGACUUGAUGCACCUGACUUGGACUUACCCAAAGUCGACCUAAAAUCACCUAAAUUAGAUGUAAACACUCCAGAUAUUGACAUCAACGCACCCUCAGAAAAAUUCAAAAUGCCAACGUUUAAGAUGCCUAUAUCCGGCCUUUCGGGCCCUAAAGGACCAAAUGUUGGCAUUGAUAGAGACUUGGAUGGACCAGAUCUGAGCUUAUUAUCUUCCAAAUUAAAACGGCCAGACUUGGAUGUUGGUAGCCCAUCUGGAAAAUUAAAGAUACCAAGUCUAAAGGUGACAGACUUUGGCUUCUCGGGGCCAGAUGUUCAAGGGCCCGACUUAGAGGUAAAGACUCCAGACUUGGAUCUUUCCGCCCCCAAGUUUGAAGGGGGAAUUAGUCCCCCAGAUUUGAAUCUGCCAGAUGUGGACCUCAAAGGCCCCAAAUUAGACCUCAAUGCUCCAGAUUUUGACAUAGAUAUGCCCUCAGGUAAAGUCAAAGUACCUACAUUGAAUAAACCAAAGGUUGAUCUGAAUGCUCCUGAUCUGGACACCGAUGGGCCCUCUGGUAAACUGAAAAUGCCCAAAUUCAAUUUCUUUGGCACAUUGCCAAAAGGACGAGGUCUAGACAUAAAUGCAGGUGUGAAAUCACCAAAGUUAAAAGGUGGGAUUGAUGCCCCUGACAUGGAUUUACCAGACACUGACCUCAAAGCCCCUAAAUUAGAUGUAAACACUCCAGAUGUUGACAUUGAUUCACCCACAGGGAAAUUCAAACUGCCCAAAAUUAAGAUGCCUAAAUUUGUCAUGAAAAGACCUGAUGUUGACAAAGAUGGAGAUCUAGAGGGGCCAGGCCUGAACUUGUCUGCACCAAAAUUGGACAUAGAAGCACCCUCAAUGAAUCUCAAAGGUCCCAAAGCAGACCUAAACAUUCCAAAUGCUGAUUUUGGAAGUCCAUCAGGGAAUUUCAAAAUGCCAAGUUUCAAGAUGCCAGAUUCAGGUUUCUCUGGACCAAAGGUUAAAGUGCAUGACUUUGAGGUAAAGACUCCAGGCUUAGAUCUUUCAGCCCCCAAGUUUAAAGGAGUAAUUAGUCCCCCAGAUCUGAAUCUGACAGAUCUCAAAGGCCCCAAACUAGACCUCAAUGCACCAGAUGUAAACUUUAAUGUGCCCUCAGGUAAAGUCAAUGUACCUACAUUGAAGAAACCAAAGGUUGAUCUGAAUGCUCCUGAUCUGGACAUUAACGGCCCCUCUGGUAAACUGAAAAUGCCCAAAUUUGGUCUGUCUGGUAAAAUGCCCAAAUCCACUAAACUGAAUCUCAAAUCCCCAAAGAUAAAGGGGGGACUUGAUUCCCCAGACAUGCAUUUAUCAGAUGCUGACCUCAAAGCCCCUAAACUAGAUGGAAAUCCCCCCGAUUUUGACAUCAAUGCACCUUCUGGGAAAUUCAAAAUGCCCAAAUUUAAAAUACCUAAAUUCAGAGGCCUAAAGGGACCAGAUGUUGACAUUGAUGGCGACUUGGAGGGCCCAGAUAUAGAUAUCAAUGCCCCAACAGCUAACCUCAAAGGUCCCAAAACAGGUCUAAAAAUGCCAGAUUUGAAGAUGCCUGAUUUCAGGCUAUCUGGGCCAAAUGUAGACAAACCUGACUAUGACUUACCUGAUAUUGACCUCUCAGCCCCAAAGCUAAAAGGGGGAAUCAGUCCCCCAGAUUUGAGACUAUAGUAAGGGUCAUCACAAAAGCCCAAAACUAGACCUCAAUGUUCCAGAUAUGCCCUCAGGUAGAUUCAGAGUUGCCAGAGUUACCAACCAUAGAGAGGCCAAGUGAUAGCAUCAAAGCCUCUGAUUUUGACAUCAACACUACUACAUUCAAAAUGCUUACAUUUGGGUUGUCUACACCAAAAGGACCAGAUCAUGACAUCAGUGCUGACCUAGGUUAAAUUGUCAAAGAUGAAGGUUGGAUUGGUUCACCAGAUCUGGACCUACCUGCAAUUGACUUAAAAGCCCCUAACAUAGAUUUAGACACUCCAGAUAUAAACAUUGAUUCACCAUCUUGGAAAUUCAAAAUGCCUCACCUCAAAAUGCCUACAUUCAGCCUUUCUGGUCUGAAAGGUCUAGAUGCUGGAAUAGUUGGAGACAUUGAGGGACUGGACCUGAGCUUGUCAACCCUGAAAGUAAACAUGAGGAUUGGUAGUCCAGAUUUAGACAUAAAUGUUCUUCAUUAAAAUUGCCUCAGUUUGGAAGUCGCAAUUGAAGGGCAGUAUCAGAUAUCGACUUUAUGAAAACAAAUGACAUUUCUCCUCCAAAGGCUAUAGUGAAUCUAAAAGCACCAGACUUGAAAGUUAGCCACCCAGAUGUCAGCCUGAGCAUACCCAAAGCUGAUAUCAUAAGCCCAGAAUAGUAAACGCAAAUCUGAUAUCCUAGGUGGAACGCAUAUAAAAUAAUUGAUAUGCCAGGUGGAAUACAUAUACAUGUGCCUGUUGGGAAGUCUAGGAAGGUCAAAGGAAAGCUAGUUAUCCCAUUGCAGAUAUUGAUUUGCCAAAAGUUGAUUACCAAGUGUCUGGUGUAUCUGAGAGGUUCAGACCUUAACCUUGAUGACCUCACAGUGAAAUUCUAAAUUCCCAAAUGCAAGACUUCUAAACUGGGUAGUUAUACAAGAAUACCAGAUAUAGACUCAAGUUUUCCCAGUAUUAAUGCCCCAGUCCCUAAACUCCCACCCCAAAGUGUGGAUUUGUGGUUUCACAGCCAUAUUUUAAUUAGAGAAGAACUGACCUCAAGGGCAAUACACAUCAUAGGAAAGCACCAGCUGGUGAAACCGACAGAUAAAAAACAGUCUAAAAUUGUUAAGUCCAUGACAAGUUUGACUCAUGGUUCAAACCCCAACAUUUCUGAAGAUCAAUAAUAUUUGAUCAUUGCAAAGUAUUUCCCAUACAUGUCAAAGAUGAUGUACCAAACGGAACUGGGAGCCUGAAAAAUCGACACAAGGAAGAGUCAAACCGUAGAUCUCAUACACUCAGAAGUCUCGACUUCAGUUCAUCAAAUGUGGACCUUAAAGUUCCAGAAGCUGAGAACUUAAAGGGGUCAAAACUUACAAAGCUUACAUAGCAUUCAGAUAACUGACUAAGUGUAAUUUUAGGCUUGUUUUAAUCACAAUCUUCUAUUGAAACAUAAUGCAGAAAACUUCUGUUAUUUGAACUUAGUUGUACCUUUUAGGUAAAUUGAUUGGUAUUUGUUAUGAAUGUUAAAAUUGAAUGUGUAAAGGGUUCACAUUUUGUCAAAUUGUUUUACAAAAUGGAUGAAAAGCUAUUUGAAAAGGUGUUUUAACUGUACACUUGCUGUAUUAAAAUAAUUUGUUUUGUCUUUACAAUAAUGCAAGAAAACAAUUAAUUCAAAACAACUUCCAACUGCAUUAGCCUAGGAAACAUUAUUCUGACCCGAUCCUGACUGUUAUACUCACAGACAAUAUUUUUACAGUUUUUUCUAUCCUAAGUGCAGUAGCAGAAAAAACAGUCUAUGACUGGAGUCUUUGACAAUUGUAUUGGCUUUCCUCUGACACCGUCUUUAGGUCCUGGAUUGCAGGAAGCUUGGCCCCAGUGAUGUACUGGGCCAUAUGCACUACCCUCUGUAGCGCCUUACGGUCAGAUUCCGAGCAGUUGCCAUACCAGGCGGUGAUGCAACCGGUCAGGAUGUUCUCGAUGGUGCAGCUGUAUAACUUUUUGAGGAUCUGGGGACCCAUGCAAAAUAUUUUCAGUCUCCAGAGGGUGAAAAGGUUUUGUCGUGCCCUCUUCACGACUGUCUGGGUGUUUGGACCAUGAUAGUUUGUUGUUGGUGAUGUGGACACCAAGGAACAAGAAACUCUCGACCCGCUCCACUACAGACCCGUCGAUGUUAAUGGGGGCCUGUUCGGCCCGCCUUUUCCCGUAGUCCACGAUCAGCUCCUUUGUCUUGCUCACAUUGAGGGAGAGGUUGUUGUCCUGGCACCACACUGCCAGUUCUCUGACCUCCUCCCUAUAGGCUGUCUCAUCAUUGUCGGUGAUCAGGCCUAUCACUGUUGUGUUGUCAGAAAACUUAAUGAUGGUGUUGGAGUCGUGUUUGUCCACGCAGUCAUGGGUGAACAGGGAGUAACAGGAGGGGACUAAGUACACACCCCUGAGGGGCCCCAGUGUUGAGGAUCAGCGUGGCAGACAUAUUGUUGCCUACCCUUACCACCUGGGGGCGGCCCAUCAAGAAGUCCAGGGUCCAGAAUCCCGGAACAUAUUCCAGUCUGUGGUAGCAAAACAGUCCUGUAGCGUAGCAUCCGUGUCAUCUGACCACUUACGUAUUGAGCGAGUCACUGGUUCUUCCUGCUUUAGUUUUUGCUUGUAAGUAGGAAUCAGGAGGAUAGAAUUAUGCUCAGAUUUUGGAGGGCGAGGGAGAGCUUUGUAUGCUUCUCUGUUGCACAUGUAACAUGCUAUUAAAAAUGAGGUAAAAAUAAUUUAAGUGAGCAUUUUCUUGUUUGCUUAUGGCCUUAUAGAGUUGGUUGAGUGCGGUCUUAGUGCCAGCAUCGGUCUGUGGUGGUAAAUAGAUGGCUACGAAUAAUAUAGAUGAGAGCUUUCUUGGUAGAUAGUGUGGUCUACAGCUUAUCAUAAGGUACUCUACCUCAGGCGGGCAAUACCUCAAGACUUAUUUAAUAUUAGACAUUGAACGCCAGCUAUUAUUGACAAAAAGACACACACCCAAACCCCUCGUCUUACCAGACAUAGCUUCUCUGUUUUGCUGGUGCAUGGAAAAUCCCGCCAGCUCUAUAUUAUCUGUGUCGUCGUUCAGCCACGACUCUGUGAAACAUAAGAUAUAGCAUUUCUUAAUGUCCCAUUGGUAGGAUAAUCGUAAUCGUAGGUCAUCAAUUUUAUUUUCCAAUGAUUGCAUGUUAGCCAGUAGAAUGGAUGGCAGUGGGAGUUUACUCGCUCGCCUAAGGAUUCUCAGAAGGCAGCCCGAUCUGCGUCCUCUUUUCCUCUGUCUUUUCUUCACCCUUAUUAUGGGGAUUUGGGUCUGUUCCCGGAGAGCAGCAUAUCCUUCUCGUCGGACUCGUUAAAGGAAAAAGCUUAUUCCAGUUUGUGGUGAGUAAUCGCUGUUCUGAUGUCCAGAACUUCUUUCUAUCUAUUGUUAAGACAUUAACUUUAGUGAAUAACAAAAAGAAUAACAUCUUCCUGAAUAAUUAAAAUUAGAUGUUUUUCUGAGUGAAUACAAUUGCACUAGAAUUGUUGUUCUUUAAAAAAAUAAAUGUUUUAAAUAUAUCUUUACAUUUUUGAAUGUAUUUAGUCGUUAUUGUUUAAACCUGCGUUCUUUUUCUUAGACAUGUUUGAUGUUGUUGUAAGUUGUUGAUAAUGUUUUAUUAUGAAUAAACAAA